UAUCGAUACGCGCAGCUUAAUUACAAUUAAUUAAUAUUUUUAAUUUAUUUGCACCUUAUCGAAUCCCAAUCGAAUCGAAUCCACUGCGUCGGUUAAAUUUGAAUUUAGAUAAAUAAUGAACUUGUAGGGAACCGGGCUUCCAGCUGUUUUCCGUCAUCAUCAGAUAUUACCCAACUCGACAUUCCACAUAAACAGUGAUAAACUACAGUGAAGACAAUGUCGGAGGACAAGCAAAUUAAGGAGACUGUGGAAACGGCCUUCAAACAGCCCGCCAGGGAUGUGGACAUAUAUCGCGACACCUUCAUUCGCUACAUGGGCUACAGCAACGAAAUCGGCGAGUCCUUCCGCCCACUGGUGCCCAAAUCCUUCGUGGCCGCAUCCUAUGGCAUGGCCAUCGGUUAUGUCUGCACCGAUACCUUCGAUAAGGCCCUGCGCCUCCAAAUGGACGGGGCAUCCUCCAGAGAGGUGGCCAUCAAGGGCGGCGACGUCUUCUGCUGGCAGAUGCUGGCCUCCGUCGCCAUUCCCGGCAUGGUCAUCAAUCGGAUCACCUGGGCCACCAAAACUCUGCUCAGUCGGGCGCCCAUGCCCGUGCUGAAAACGGUGCCCACUCUGGUGGGCCUGGCCAGCAUCCCGCUGAUCAUCCAUCCCAUCGACAGCCUGGUGGACCGCCUGAUGGACGCCAGCUACCGCAAGCUGGUGAGGUAG